CCCACAUUGUCCCACAGUGCAUAAAUGGGCUCACGGUGCAGAGAGGCGAGGCCCUGCAGUCUGCACCACUAUCACUUCUUCUGUGGCUGUCUCUUGACCGACUACAUCUGCAAACAUGAUGAAAGGAAUGAUUGUAAAGAACAUGUCCUUCAAGGUUGGACAGACUCUGACCAUCGUUGGAACUCCCAAACCUGACUCCACAAAUUUUGCAGUGAAUCUUGGUCCAGAUGAGAAGGAUAUCACAAUGCAUAUUAACCCUCGUUUCGAUGCCCACGGAGACCAGAAUACAAUCGUGUGCAACUCUUACCAGGGAGGCAACUGGUGUGAGGAGCAACGCGAGGGAGGCUUUCCUUUUCGCCAGGGAGAGGAGUUCAAGAUGACAAUAUCCUUCACCCCUUCGGAGUUCCAAGUGACUUGGUCAGAUGGCUCUUCAAUGAAUUUCCCCAACCGCAUUGGUGCAGAGAAGUACUCGGUUGUGAGCUUCGAUGGAGACGUUCGUAUCACAAGCAUCGAGAUCAAGUAACUCCUCCCAGCAACAUAUGGAUUAAGCUAUCUUCAUUCAGUUUGUCUGGCAUCUUGUCACAAACUGGAAACACCUCGCUUUCAAAUUACUGCAAUAUCAGUUUUGCAAUACAUGCUUAUUAGACCAUUUUAUUAUGCAAGCAUCAGGGCUUUUUAACAUUGAGAUGCAAGCAUGCAUUGUCAUAAAGAGAGGCAGGUGCAUAGUCAUAAUACUGGGAUGUAUGUGCAACAAAGAUACUGCAAAUGUAGUAACUUUAUGUCCUUCCUGCAAACUUGACAGAGCUUCUGAAAAGUAUACCAAAGCCUGUGUUAUUCAGUUUCUUUUUGUAGUUUGUAGCUUUUAGCUGCAAAGCACAGCAUAAAUUGAAAUCAGUUUUUCUAUAACAGUGCCUUUAAAUGCUGCAUGCUUUUAUGUUCUCCUUCCCAGACAUUCCAGAUUUAUAAGUGAGUACAGUUUUUGUCUGUAACAACAGAAUUAAACACGUCCUUUCAAGAUCAAACAUGGUGAUUUUUUUCAAUAUGUGCUAAAUUUUUU